AUGCCAGUCAAGGCUAUUCCUAAAGUAUCUGUAGCCCGUAACGGUCUCGGUUCAUAUAUUGUUCCUUGCCACAAGAUCAGAGUUAACUAUUGCAAUUGGGGUGGUUCUUCAAAGGGAGUGCGUGAAAUUCUUAAAUCUGGUGAAUUGAACCAAUUGGGCUUGACCAAGAAAUCCAUAUUCUUUGAAGUGGUUAAGAGACAAGGUCACCCAUCUGUAGAAUUUUAUUAUAAUAAUGACUCCGUUAAGGACAUACCUGUUAAAAAUAUGGAAGCAUCGGACGUAUUGAAGAAGAUAAACCAAUUCUCUCAAGCUAGUGGUGCUGAAUUAUUCAAGUGGAAUCAUAAAGUUUUGUCUACCAACGAAUCUGUGAGAGGAAUCUGGUCUCCAAUGCACGUAGCCAAAAACGACAGACAUAAGAUAUAA